AUGAAGAUGCAGGAUCUCUCGGUGGCUGGAUCUAGGUGGUUCUCGCUAGAUGAACAACGCUUGGGGCUUGUUGGAUCAAGGGUGGUUGGAGCUCGUCGGAGAAGCCGCUGGAUCCUGGUGUUUGGUGGAGGAGGAGAGGUCACCGUCGUUUGUGGAGGAGGAGAAGUGAAAACAAUUGUUCGCGGAGGAGAGGGUUUUGAGCUUCAGACCCAUAACAGAAUAGCCGAUACUAGGGAAACACCAUAG